CGAAACUGUUUAGUAUCAAAUUUGUUUUAGCUUGAAAUUUAAUUAAAAUUAAAAAAAAAUUAAUAAUGAAAAUUAAAUACCAACAUUACGCACACUUUUGCGGUGUCACAGCGUCAUACACUGUUAGGGGUUUGCUAGGUGUAAUCUCUUCCAGUUUAAAUAUUAUCUUGUGCUCCUUAGCGCUAAUGUAUCAGGAUGUAAUUGAAAAAGUGUUGAUGGAGUCGGGAGAUGGCAAACAUUUGCAAAUUUACUAUUUGUUUAAAGUCUUCAUUGCAGCAUUUUGGAUUUGCAUUAUCAUAUCUUCUUGCCAACUGUUUGUGUCCAUUUGUUUCAUGUUGGGCUGUUAUCAGUUUUCUACACCGAAAACAAAAUCCGUGUUGGUCAAGAAGAAACCCAAGGCAACUGUGGGGUCUAAAAGCUCAGCAGCUCUUUUGAAAAGCAGCGCUGCUCCAGCAGCGCCAGCACCAGCACCAGCUCCAGUACCGACACAAAAGUUAACUGUUUAAAUAUAUUAAAUGGAAGCUUCCAGGCCAUAUGCAAGCUAAAAUUCCAAACUAAUACUGCUAAUCUCUACAUAUUAGCCAAUCAUUGAAAAUUAACAUAAAAAAUAAAAGUUUGAAAUAUACGAUAUUUGUCAAUGAAAAACGAUAAAGAGACUAAGAAGAAAUAUAAAACUCAGGUUAAACGAAACUAGUAAUCGUUUCAAAUAAACUAGUAAU